AGGAAUUACCUUUAGCCUACCAAGGCAAACAAAACGUUGAUUUUGUUUGUGUGUGUAUUUAACAUGAGAUUGUGGGCGCGAUGUAGCAUCAUUCCUCUGGCCUGAUUACAAACUUAUCAUUCGGGACCAUUAUUUCUAGCGGCUUGUGAGAACGGUGGCUGCAUAGGUUCGUUUUUUCGUGAGAUGGCGGGGACUUGAAGCACCUGGCAGUCACAUGGAUGUUGUCUUAUCGAGUAGGCCGAGUAUGAGGAGCAGGGCUGCAUCACCAUGGAAACCAAAUCAGAUGACAGCGCCAACUCCAUCAAUGCUACUUCUAAACCGAGGGGUACGUAUCUUGAUCCUCUAAAAGCAUGUGCCCUCAGCGGCGAGAGUGGUGUCAACAUCGGCAAAUCCGAGUCGGCCACCUACUCCAAAUACAUGAAUAUCGUACGGCAGACUAGACGCACUGCGUCACGGGUCUCCGUGUUGAACGAUGUAGAACGCAGUCGUCUCAACAGCGUCAUGAGAAGGAUUGACGGUGAGAGGGCGUACAGCACGGCUGUCUUAGACCGACAGAAGAGACAGUUCAAACGGUCUUUGGACAACUUGGACAAGCACAAGAGCGGGUUCACACACCACAUCGACGAAAUCGCCACUCCGGCGCAUCUUCGUGCUAAGCAGAGCUUGCUUACAAAUCAUCGUAAGCACCAAAUACCCACGCUCAAACCAGUGCAGGAGUACAACAAUGAUCAACCGAACCAAACGUCAGAAAUCUUGCCAAAAAACGAGAACAACAACAAUGAGUUAGAGCUUCCCGCCGUUGUACCCCUCUCUAGAACUCCGUACUUCCUCAGAUCUCGAGAGAAGAUUCUGACCGCCACGGUACCCGGUGAAGUCGUUGAACAAAAAGGGGAGAGCAUUCCUAUAUUUUACACGGGAGAUGGACCAGAGGCGAUCCAAGAGCAAGUACGAAUGGUGCACAACAGGAAAGAUUUCAAUAAGUCAAAAGCCGUAAUUCCGUGAUACAAAAGAGAAGAAGAUAAACAAUGCCAAGGGGCCGGCUCUCCGUACAGCUUGUAGUUUGAAUACGAUCAUAAUGCAUGCUGUAGUCUGCCUAAAUGUAUUUCCCGCUUAAUUAUUUUGUAUUUCCUUUUUACACACGCAUGGAUCUAGAGUCGGCACUCGCUUGUCAUGAUCAUGAGCGGUCAGAAUGUCAUCUUAAGACCUAUAGAGCAACGCUUUUUUAUGUAUUAUAUUAUAGCCAAAUGUUUUUAAUGCAAUUUUGCAAGUAGAUACCUAUUGUCAAAAGGAAGUAUUCUCUCUGAUAAAUUGUCUGGCUGGCUGGGCGCGAGACUACUGCUCUCACGACUACAGUCCCAUUUAACCGUAUCGUGAGAACAGUGAUUAAAGGCCGCAUAUCGGCGCUGACAAAAUGUGAUAAAUCGUGCGCCUGCGAUUGGUUCACGACCGUCGGGAUCACCGUCGUACAAGUUGAAAUUACUGUUCUACUCUUGCGACUGUUAGAUUUUCGAGCGGCGACUGUUUCAUAUUGUCUUAAAAUCAUUACAGUUACGCUCAGGUCGUAAAUAAUCGCCGACUGAAAAGUUCCCGAAGGUCUUAGCUAAAGGCGCAGUGUGAUCCUGAAGAGUCAGUCGCCGACUGUUUUGAGUUGACGCAAAGCUCGAACUGAGGCCGGUGUCGCGUGCAAUUAUGUCAUCUAUGCAAUACUAUCCGGAGGACAUGAUUGCAUAUGCAAUAAUGUCCGACAUUAUUGCAUAUGCAAUCAUGUCCGC